GCGGCAUCCACGCUGUUGCGCCAUAGGCAGCCCCAAAAGGCAGCCCGCGCAAGCAAAAACGAUCAAGAACACACGUCUCGCGCGGUAGCGAACGGCUGCGGUGCGCGCGGACCCGGCCGCGGCGCAAGCACACGAUCGAAAAGGCGGCAGCCCCGACACGGACAACACAAAAGCGGACGGAUGGCCAUCUACUGCUUAGAUGCGGGCGCGGCGACGACGCGCGUCUGCCUCGCGGGCGAGGACGCGCCGAGAGUGCGUGUGCCCAGCGCUAGAGGAGACAACGAGCAGACGCCGCAGACGCCGUCGUCGCCUUCUAGAGGUUUAGCUCCGGACUGGGCGGCCGCGGAGGAAGUCUGGCUCGCCGCGCUAGCGGCCGCCGCGCCGACGGUCGACGCCCAGGCCGUGGUGAUCACGAAGCCUCUCCUCGCGCCGGAGCGGACGACGCGGCGACUGCGCAAGUUUGCGCUGAAAAUCGCCCCUCGAGUCUGGGUCUGCGAGGCACCGACUUUAGCGCUAUUGGGGGCCGGCCUCGAGACGGGCGUCGCCGUCGACGUCGGGGCGACGGCGGCGAGAGCCGUUCCCGUGGUAGAUGGGAGAGCUGUCCCUCAUGCGGCCCGAGCGGCGGCUCGCCUCGGUGGAGAUGCUUUAGAUGCGCGCGUCGGUCAGGUGCUGACGGCGAAGGGUCUGCGGUUUUCUUCCAAGAAAUCGUUUUUUGCGGCUGCCAGAAAAGUCAAGGAGACCGCCGCCGCCGUGCAGUCGGAGCGACGGCCGCAACUAUCUCUAUUGACUGUUGAGUUAGAAGACGGCCAGAGCGUCUCCUUGACCACGGAGGACCGUUUGAGAAUUGGCGAGCAGCUCUUCGACGGCGGCGGCAUCGACGCCGUCGGGCUGCACGAAUUAGUAUUAGCGGCGGCGGUGGCCGCGGCGGACGGCGCGAAGCGAGCCAAGCUCCUGAACGGCGUCUUCGUCUGCGGCGGGGGCUCGCUCGUCGACGGGCUUCCAGAGAGACUGGGCGAUGAACUGCGCAAGCUCGCCGCGGACCCCGACGCCGUCCAAAUAAGGGCCGGACCUCGUAGACAGGAUGCGGCGGUCGUGGGCGCCGCGGCUUUAGCCGCCGCGCCGGACGUCGAAGUCGCCUGGGCGACGGCCGACGCGAAAAACAUCAGCCCCGCCGUCGCGGCGGCCGCCGCUGCGGCCUCGCCUGCGCGUUCUGUGGUGGAAGCAACACCUAGGGCGCGCGCCGCGUUGGCGCACGCGUCGGCGUCGCGCGACGCGGCGCCCGAGUCGUCGCCCCGAUCGUUCACGCCGCCGCCGCCUCCACGUGAAUCGCCCAUGCUUUCUCCCGCAUCUCUCGAUAUUGUGCGCCAGGGCGUCUCGAAGAUCGCCGCGGCCACCGUGUCUCCGCCGAGACAUGCAUUGCCGCCGCUGCCGCCCCCAAGGACGUCGCCCGUCCAGGUCCCGGACGGCUCGGAAGGCGCGCCCUUCGAUUUGGGAGUGGAGUCGCCCCAGGCGCACGACCCCCUGCGCACCGAAAAGCCGGCGCUGCCGCCGCGCGAACGCGACGUCGACGAAGCCGCGCGGCGGGCCUUCGAGCAGUCCGCCGCCGAGGCCGCCGACGCGGCGAUCGUCGCCGGAUUGAGGAGGGAGGGGCAGUUGCGGGAGCAGGUCGAGGCGCUCGAGAAGCGGCGGUCGCCCGUUUUGUUCUACCUGCUCUUUGCGGCGGCGUGCUGGUUCGUGUACGUCCGGGACCGCGAGGGCGUGCGGUGGACGCACUGACGGGUAAGUUCUGGGAGGGCUACUAUGGCGAGUCUGGGGGCUUUCCCCGGCGCCGCGCGCGGCGCGCCCGCCCCGUGCGAUCAAGAUUCCCCCAUCUCCGGUGCGAUCAUCAUCUCCGGCGCGAAGAACCUGCGCGACAUCGCCUACGGCCGCUAGCCUCCGCCGAAUUCCUCCUCCG